CCCCGCCCCCAGCCGCGAGCCCCAACCCGGGCUGGGGCCCGGGAAACCCCUGGGCCACAUGCCCCUCCACUUUAGCGCCCUCCACUCCUAUGGAGAAAAUUCCCCGUGGAGAAAGGAGGUCCUGCCCUAACCCCUCGACCCUUGUCUCCCCCUCCCCCUAACGUGGGGGUGGGGUGGGGAGGAAUCCACUUCUUCUAGACGUGCCUUGGAAGGACACAGGAUGCCAGGCCUAGCGCGUUUGGGACCCUCUCUGCACAAGGCCACAGAGUGAAAACAUCAGGUGAGGACUCACUGCCCGCGGGGCCACCAGGGUUUCAGGAGACCCACAGCCCCUCCGGCUCCCUGCCUUAGCCCUUUUCUCCUUGGGCUCAGACUGGAGCCAAGUUGGGAUACCAGCUGGAAGCCCCUUACCAGUUGCUCCAACCCCCUCAUUAAACUGGAAGGGAAACUGAGGCUCAGGGAAGCGUAUUGACUUGACCAGGGUCACCUGGCAAGUUCCUGGAAGAGCAUGGGCCAGAGCCCAGCGAUGCUGACUUCUUGGCUAGGGGAGGCUUCCCUGUUCCUCGACUUUGGGCACGACUGGCCGAGUGCCCCAGGCCCUGGUCUGCCCGUACGCAGCUGCCGGCUGCCCAGAUCUGGAUUGCACCACCUCCUUUUGAGCACACUACAGACUCAGUGGGCUUUCUGGAUCGGUGCUCACCCUGGACAAGCUUCUGGACCAGCUUCUGGACCCCAGGGACUCCACCAACCCACCAACCAGGUUGCUGUUUGCAAAUGUCUGUGUCCAUCGAAGAUUUUCUGGAACUUUCUGGGCCCAACCCUUUCCUAGGCUGCCUACAAGUGCCUGUUCCAGAUGGAGGUGUAGCUUGCUGGGCUCCCCAGAGCCUUGUGGACCCAGCUCUUUGGUCCAGCCUGCACCCUCCCUGCUGGACCCACGGGAGUGAGGACAGCUGUGAAGUGCUUGACCAUGCCCAGGAGCUGUAUAGGUUCCCGACAUUGCUGGGCCCCUAUUUUGGACUAAGACUGGGCACUCAGAGCUGGAUCAGUCCCAGCCCAGUCCCUGGGAGCUCCAAGGCUAGCAAAGGAGACAGAAGCAGUUAGCCCUGGAGCCUUGAAUGGGCCUUCCGGGGGGACAUAUGCCAGGGCCAAGCCUUCAAAGUACAGAAGGGGAAACUGGGGCAGCCCUCCAUGGGAUGUGAUUUUCCAAGACCACAUAGCAAGUCAGUGUGUGGCUGAGACUAGGACCUGGACCCCGUCUCCCUGCCCAGGGAGGGCUCUUUCUCUGCACCUUGAGCCCGGAAAUCAGCCUUUGAGAGGCGUGCGAGGAGCCCAGUGCUAUGAGCCAGGACCUGGUCGGGGUCCAGCUCCCCCAAGUGCUGGCCGUUUCUCUUGGGCCACUCUGCUCUCUGUGCUGGGCCUCAGUCACCCAAGGAGCUAUAAAAGGCGGAACGAGGCAGGCAAGGGGGGCAGCUCAGCCGAGCGGAGCCCAGGAGAGGAGAGAGAGCCUGAGCGAGAGACGGGAAAGCAAGGAGGAGGAAGCCACCGGCGCUUUGGGACAGGAACGCAGGUGUUCGGGGCGCCUGAGCUGGAGCUCUGCAGCCGGCAGUCAUGUAUCGCUCCACCAAGGGCGCCUCCAAGGCGCGCCGCGACCAGAUCAACGCUGAGAUCCGGAACCUCAAGGAGCUGCUGCCGCUGGCCGAGGCGGACAAGGUCCGGCUGUCCUACCUGCACAUCAUGAGUCUUGCCUGCAUCUACACUCGCAAAGGCGUCUUCUUCGCUGGAGGCACUCCUCUGGCGGGCCCCACAGGGCUUCUCUCAGCUCAAGAGCUUGAAGAUAUUGUGGCAGCACUGCCUGGCUUCUUGCUUGUGUUCACGGCUGAGGGAAAGCUGUUGUACCUGUCCGACAGCGUGAGCGAGCAUCUGGGCCACUCCAUGGUGGAUCUGGUUGCUCAGGGUGACAGUAUCUACGACAUCAUUGACCCAGCUGACCACCUCACUGUGCGCCAGCAACUCACCCUGCCCUCUGCCCUGGACACUGAUCGCCUCUUCCGCUGUCGCUUCAACACCUCCAAAUCCCUCAGGCGCCAGAGUGCAGGCAACAAGCUGGUGCUCAUUCGAGGCCGAUUCCACCCUCACCCUCCUGGGGCCUACUGGGCAGGAAAUCCUGUAUUCACAGCUUUCUGUGCCCCUCUGGAACCUAGACCCCGCCCUGGCCCUGGGCCCGGCCCUGGCCCUGGCCCUGCCUCACUCUUCUUGGCCAUGUUCCAAAGUCGUCAUGCCAAGGACCUGACUCUACUGGACAUCUCUGAGAGUGUCCUAAUCUACCUGGGCUUUGAGAGAAAUGAACUGCUCUGUAAAUCAUGGUAUGGACUGCUGCACCCUGAGGACCUGGCCCAUGCUUCUGCACAACACUACCGCCUGUUGGCUGAGAAUGGAGAUAUUCAGGCAGAAAUGGUGGUGAGACUGCAGGCUAAAGCUGGAGGCUGGGCAUGGAUUUACUGCCUGUUGUAUUCAGAAUGUCUGGAAGGCCCUAUUACUGCCAAUAACUACCCAAUCAGUGACUCGGAAGCCUGGAGCCUCCGCCAGCAGCUGAACUCUGAAGACACCCAGACAAGCUAUGUCCUGGGCACCCCCACCAUGCUGCCGCCAUUCCCUGAGAGCAUCCUAUCCCAGGAGCAGUGCUCCAACCCCAACCCAGUCUUCACCCCUCGCUUGGGGACUCCCAGAAGCACCACUUUCCCUGGCGCUCCUGAACUAGGUGUUGCUUCAGCAUCCGAAGAGCUUUCCCGGCCCCCCAAAGAGCUGGACUUCAGUUACCUGACAUUUCCUGCUGGGCCUGAGCCUUCUCUCCAAGCUGACCUGAGCAAGGAUUUUGUGUGCACCCCACCCUACACACCUCGCCAGCCAGGAGGCUGUGCCUUCCUCUUCAGCCUCCAUGAGCCCUUCCAGACCCAUCUGCCCACCCCAUCCAGCUCUCUCCAAGAACAGCUGACUCCGAGCACUGCAACCUUCUCAGAUCAGUUGACACCCAGCAGUGCAACCUUUCCAGACCCACUAACUAGCCCGCUACGGGGCCAGUUGACCGAAGCCUCGGCCAGAAGCUAUGAAGACCAGUUGACUCCCUGCACCUCCACCUUCCCAGACCAGCUGCUGCCCAGCACUGCCACCUUCCCAGAGCCUCUCAGCAGCCCUUCCCAGGAGCAGCUGACUCCUCCCAGCACGGCAUUCCAGGCACACCUGAGCAGCCCCAGCCAAACUUUCCCAGAACAGCUGAGCCCCAACUCCACCAAGACUUACUUCGCCCAGGAGGGAUGCAGUUUUCUCUAUGAGAAGUUGCCCCCAAGUCCUAGCAGCCCUGGUAAUGGGGACUGCACUCUCCUGGCCCUGGCUCAGCUCCGGGGUCCCCUUUCUGUGGAUGUCCCCCUGAUGCCCGAAGGCCUGCUCACACCUGAGGCCUCUCCUGUCAAGCAGAGUUUCUUCCACUAUUCUGAGAAGGAGCAAAAUGAGAUCGACCGUCUCAUCCAGCAGAUCAGUCAGUUGGCUCAGGGCAUGGACAGGCCCUUCUCAGCUGAGGCAGGCACUGGCGGGCUGGAGCCACUUGGAGGGCUGGAGCCCCUGGAUUCCAACCUUUCUCUGCCAGGGGCUGGCCCCCCUGUCCUCAGCCUGGACUUAAAACCCUGGAGAUGCCAGGAGCCGGACUUCCUGGCUGACCCUGAUGACAUAUUCCUGGAAGAGACGCCUGUGGAAGACAUCUUCAUGGAUCUUUCCACCUCAGCCCCCAAUGGGGAGUGGGGUUCAGAGGGUCCUGAGGCAGCGGGCCCAGGAGGGGCCCUGUCACCUUGCAACAACCUGUCCCCAGAAGACCACAGCUUCCUGGAGGACCUGGCCACAUACGAAACCGCCUUUGAGACAGGUGUCUCAGCAUUCCCCUAUGAUGGGUUUACUGAUGAGUUGCAUCAACUCCAGAGCCAAGUUCAAGACAGCUUCCAUGAAGAUGGAAGUGGAGGGGAACCAACGUUUUGAAUAAGUCUGUGACUUAACGUCGUCAAGUAUGGCAUAUUGUCAUCAAGACGUGGAGCCGCUCUCCACCACCCCGAGACUGUUGGGGGGACUCUGGGGGCCAGAGGGGGGUGUAUCUGAUUCCCCAGGCCCUGAAGGAUUUGGGGGGGAGGUGGGAGGGCACGGGAGGGGAGCUUCUUUUUAAAAUCCAGAGACUUCGAGCGAUCCCAGUUUCCAUUUCAAUCCGUAUUCACUCGUAGUGAGUUUCCUUGAAUGGGAUUUCAAGCGGAGAACGGGGGAGUCUCACUUCCCCCGCCCCGCGCUGCCCCAUGGGCCCGGGCCAGUUCUCCACUCCUAGGGGCCAAGCCACCCCUGGGCCUUGGUGGGGGAAAGGCACGGCCCACCCGGGCCAGCCUGUGCCCCGAGGGGCUCUUGACACCCACGUAGAAUUCUCUACACACCAGUAACGGGAUUUCAAUUCCGAUGGACUCGGCUGCCCUGGCGGCCCUUCCUGUGACUUUUGCGCCCCGCGCCUGGGGUGGGGGGCGCGAAGAGACGCUACGUUCCUUUCCGAUGGAGGAAGGCAGACCUGCCGUCACACGCAUGCUGGCACGAGUGCGUGUACCUGGUGCAGGACUCACCCAGCCGCCAGACCGCCUGGGCCUGCCCAAAUGGCCACCUCGUGGUACUGCGGUGACUUUGUAGCCAACUUUAUAAUAAAGUCCAGUUUGCCUUUUUGGUA